GGCAGCGGCGGGCGGUGGUUGGUCGGUGCUGCCUCGCCUGAAAAGGCUGCCGAGCGGGGAGGGAGCCGUGGGUUGAUAGCUCUGCGGCCCCGGCGGGGCGGUACGGACUGAGCCCGUCCUAGGAGCAUGCGGCGGCGGGAGGAGGAGGAGUAAAGAGCCGUGGCAGCGCCUCCGCUGAGAGCGGACUCCGGGAGGAAGAUGGAGCCCUUUCCCAGCGUGCCUCCCAUGUCUUCUACCUCUUUUGCUGGCCAUGCAACUGCACAUGCCAUGGCUGGGCUUGGAGCUGUGUACUGAUUGACUGCUACCUUUUGGAGUGGUUAAGAUAUAAAAUCCAGUUACCCAGGAAUAUGAUUGAGAAUAGCAUGUUUGAAGAGGAGCCCGAUGUGGUUGACCUGGCAAAAGAGCCUUGUUUACAUCCACUGGAGCCUGAUGAAGUGGAAUAUGAACCAAGAAGCUCUCGUCUCUUGGUGCGUGGCCUUGGAGAACAUGAAAUGGAUGAUGAUGAGGAGGAUUAUGAGUCAUCAGCAAAAUUGUUGGGGAUGUCCUUCAUGAACAGAAGCUCGAGUCUGCAGAAUAACAUGUCUGCAUAUAGACAAAAUCCAAAUGGAUCAUGCUCAGUUCCCUCUACGAGGACCUUGGUGGUUUGCACAGUUGCUUUUGUGAUUGCAUUUUCAUUAAUAAUAGUGAUUUAUCUUCUUCCCAAGUGUACAUUUACCAAAGAAGGCUGCCAUAAAAAAAAUCAUACAAUGGAACUAAUAUAUCCUUUGGCAACCAAUGGAAAACUAUUUCCAUGGGCAAAAAUUAGACUUCCUCCUGAUGUUGUACCACUGCACUAUGAUCUUGUCUUGCAGCCAAAUUUAACUACUCUGAAAUUUACAGGCUCCGUAAAGAUAGUGGUCAACAUCCUCCAUGUAACUCGGAAGAUUGUACUUCACAGCUCAGGACUUAAUAUCACCAAGGCGACAAUUACUUCAGCACAAGGGCAGCAAGCAAAGCCAGUUGAAUUCCUGGAAUAUCCAUUGCAUGACCAGAUUGCACUCAUUGCUCCGGAGGCUCUCCUUGCUGGACAGAAUUACACUGUCGACAUGGAAUAUUCAUCUAAUUUAUCAGACACCUACUAUGGCUUCUACAAAAUUUCUUACAAGGAUGAGAACUCUAAGCAAAGGUGGUUUGCAGCAACUCAGUUUGAACCUCUGGCAGCAAGGUCUGCUUUUCCAUGCUUUGAUGAACCAGCACUUAAAGCUACUUUUUUAAUCAAGAUCAAAAGGGAUGAGAAACUUUCCACUCUGUCAAAUAUGCUAAAGAAAGCCACUACACCUGUGACAAAUGGAAUUGUUCAAGAUGAGUUUUUUGUGAGUUUGAAGAUGAGCACCUAUCUACUAGCUUUUGUUGUUGCAGACUUGAAAAACAUCAGCAGGGAAACUAAUGGGACUCUGGUAUCUGUCUAUGCCAUACCGCAGCAUCUAAACCAAGUUGGGUAUGCCCUAGACACAGCAGUGAAGCUUCUGGAAUUUUACCAAAAAUACUUUUUUAUGAAAUACCCUCUUGAAAAAUUAGAUCUGGUAGCAAUUCCUGAUUUUCAAUCUGGUGCAAUGGAAAAUUGGGGCUUGAUCACCUUCCGAGAAACAACACUCUUAUUUGACAAUAGCACUUCUUCAGCAAGGGAUAAAAAGCUAAUAACUGCAGUGAUAGCACAUGAGCUUGCCCAUCAGUGGUUUGGCAAUCUAGUAACUAUGGAAUGGUGGAAUGAUCUCUGGCUGAAUGAGGGAUUUGCCACAUUCAUGGAAUACUUUGCCAUGGAGGAGGUUUUUCCAGAAUUACGUUCAGAUGAAGAUUUCCUUACUUUAAUUUUCAAGGCUAUGAUGAAGGAUGCCUUGAAUUCUUCACAUCCAGUCUCUUCUUCUGUUCAGUCUUCAGAGCAAAUUGAGGAAAUGUUUGAUGCUCUUUCUUACAUCAAGGGGGCUUCACUUCUUUUGAUGCUGAAGCAUUAUCUCACUAAGGAUGUUUUCCAAGCUGGCAUUGAGGUAUACUUGCGUAAUCACAGCUAUGGAACUGCCCAGAGUGAUGACCUAUGGGACAGCAUGAAUGAGAUUACCAGUGGAACACUAGAUGUAAAAAAAAUGAUGAAGACUUGGAUUGUGCAUAAAGGAUUUCCUUUAGUCACAGUUGUCCGAAAGGGAAAGAAUAUUUCAGUACAACAGGAGAAAUUCUUGUAUCGUGUGGAACCGGAAAAUUGGACAUCAGAUGCAAGUUACCUGUGGCAUAUUCCUCUCACUUACAUAACAAAUAGGUGCAACUUCACCCAUUGCACUAAUGCAUAUUUACUGGAUCAGAAGUCAGCUGUCAUUGAACUUCCAGAAGAGGUGGAAUGGAUAAAAUUCAAUGUGGACAUGAAUGGCUAUUACAUAGUACACUAUGCUGAAGACUGGAAAACACUGAUUGAUCUCUUGAAAAAAAACCACACUGCUCUGAGUCCUAAAGACAGAGCAAAUUUGAUCAACAAUAUCUUCAACCUUGCACGUCUAGGAAGAGAGUCUCUGGAAAAGGCCUUUGAGUUGAUUGAUUACCUCAACAAAGAGAACAGCACUGCACCACUUACUCAAGCUUUGUUCCAGCUGAGUUUUAUAUACAGCCUUGUAGACAAAAAAGGUGAACAACAACUGGCAGCACGAGUCAUGCACAGGAUAGAGCACUUGCUUGGAGAUAAAAUGGAUCAACAGCACUGGACAGAUGAUGGGACCCUGUCGGAACGAGAGCUCCGGUCAACACUGCUGGCUUUUGCCUGCACCCAUGAUAUAAGAAACUGUAGAACAACUGCUGCUAGGAUGUUUGAGACUUGGAUGGAGUCUAAUGGAACAGUAAGUCUGCCUAGUGAUGUUAUGAAAGCCAUAUUUGCAGUUGGUGCCAAGUCUGAUGAUGGCUGGGAAUUCCUCCUGAAGAUGUAUUUCUCUUCAGUUUCUGAAGCAGAGAAAAGCAAAAUGAUUGAAGCCUUGGCCAGCACAGAAGAUGCCAGAAAGCUGAUCUGGCUAAUGCAGAACAGUCUUGAAGGAGAAAUCAUCAGGUCACAGGAGCUUUCACAUAUCAUAUCAACCGUUAGCCAGAGUUUGCCUGGAUAUUUGCUGGCCUGGGACUUCGUCAAAGAGAACUGGGAAAAGCUUACACGAAAAUUUCACCUAGGCUCAUAUACUAUCCAGAAUAUUAUUACCUGGUCAACUUCUCAGUUUGCAACAAAGGCACAUCUGCUUGAGGUCAAGUCAUUUUUUGAGUCAAAAUCAGAAGAGAGUUCUCAACUGCAUUGUGUAAAAGAGGCAAUUGACACAAUUCAGCUCAAUAUCCAGUGGAUGGAGAGAAACUUGGCAAAGCUACAAGAGCUGCUGUAGUGCAUAUAGUACUGUGCUGUGUCAGCCAUUUAGGAGCUCUGUGAGCAGUUAUUGUGUUUCAUUUGCAAAAGCCAGAGUGAAACGAGGAUCACUGCAACAUUGCACUAUUAAGGAAUCUAGAUCGCUCAGGGCAUGUCUCAGAUAAAUUUUUAUUUUCCUUGAAGCAUUUUGAGCAAUAUAUAAGUACUUACCCUAAAACUGUUUUCAUCUGUUGACCAAACAUCUGCACAAAUGAUUAAAUAUAAUUUUGUAUGUGAAACUUAUGCCCUUUCCUUUGAAGUUGUGUUAUAGUUUCUUGGCAGAGGGUUAAUACUGACAGGUAAGAAAGAAAGAGUUACCAUGACUUCUUUGCAGGCUGCUCCAUUGAGCAGUGGAUUUUUUCUUAAUGCAAAACUGUAUGUGGUUUCCACAUUUGUAGAUAUAGAAGCUGUUGUGAAACAGAAUUAUAUUUCAGAUAUGUAAGUAGUAGUGAAUGUUAUAAAGUUUAAGAGGCGAAAUAAAUACAAUUCCAAUUCAAUUUAAGUUUGGAUUUUUUAUUUUCAUGGUGUUCUUUAGGAAUUACACACUAAAAAAAAAAUCUUAUACUAAUAAUAUACAAUUUGAUAUGUAGAAGUGGCUGGAUGGUAAUAUGGAAAAGAAGAAACAGCAAAGCCAAGCAUUUUAGAGAUGAGAUUUCCAGAAACAGUGUCUGAAUUGAUCAGAUAGUUUUGAGAAUCUCAUCAUUAAUUGUUGAACUUUAACUGAUUUUGCAGUAUUGGUCUCUGACCAGCUGCACAGAGUUGUAUUUUUUCAGGUUAGUUCAUCUGUUAGACUGAUACUGAUUUGUGCCCUUUUCACUACUGACUUUCAAUUUCACCACUUGAUGCAGAGCAUUUGCAGUUGAUAGAUUAGUCAGUCACUUCAUUUUUGUAAGCUUCUGGUCUUUCAUUGCCUGAGAACUUGGAAAUCACAGUGUAAUUUGUCAUCAUUGUUCUCUCUUCAUGGCCUUAGUUUUAGGAAGGCUUCUAAUUUAGAUCCUAACAAUUUGUUUCUCUACUAUUGUAAAAAAUCUUGCGAGACAAAUCCUCAAAAUCUUUUAAAGAAUAGGAGCUAAAACCCUAAUGUGCAACACUAUAAAGAUGCAAUACCUGCAGUGCAAUCUGUGUCUUUCAGAAGUGAUGAAAAAAGCCAUUUUGGAGUUACAGUGUAUAUAUAUACUCAAUACAUGCAAGAAUAAACAUACUUUUUAUCUUUUCA